AUGCAACGGACUGUGAACAAACCCCGGAAACUUGCUCUUGUGAAAGUACAAGUGCAAGAGCAAAGACUGAACCUGUUUGCUGCUCCACCAUACCAGGCCCAAGGAGAUGGAGCAUCGCUCCCCCUGCUCUGUGCCCUGCCCUCUGGCCCUCAUGCUUCUCCUGCUGCCCACUGCGGGGUCAUUAGCUUCUUAGCCUUUCACUCACAUGUCUGUGUCAUGUCUGUGUCUGCAUUCACAGAGGAGUUCCUGGUGAUCGCUCCCCCGGAUCCUAUCAUUGCAACAUUGGGAAGUGACAUUACAUUGCCCUGUCGUGUGUCCCCGGCCAUGAAUGUAGAGAACAUGGAGCUGAGGUGGUUCCGCUCCAAAUUCUCAGAAGCUGUGUUCAUAUACCAAAACCAGUGGGAAGAGACUGAGGAGCAGAUGGCCCAGUACAGGGGACGAACCUCCUUGGUGAAGGACCUCCUUUUCCAGGGGGAGGCUGCCGUGCUCAUCAAUAAGGUGCAGACUGCCGACAAUGGGCUGUACACCUGCUUCUUCAGAAAGGGGGGCUUCUAUGAGGAGGCUGUCUUGGAGCUGAAAGUUGCAGGUGUGGGCUCUGCUCCUCAAGUGCACAUCACAGGGCCUGAGGAUGAUGGCGUCCGCGUGGUGUGCAGCGCAUCGGGGUGGUUCCCCAAGCCCCAGGUGCAGUGGCGAGACUCCAGUGGGGAGAAGUUUCUGGCCUUCUCAGAGACCCAGACCCAGGAUGCUGAGGGGCUGUUCAGCGUGGAGGCGGCUCUGGUGGUGAGAGACAGCGCAGUGAGGAACGUGACCUGCUCCAUCCUCAACCCCAUCCUGGGCCAGGAGAAGGCCGUGGACAUUUACAUCCCAGAGCCCUUCUUUCCCAAGGUCUCUCCAUGGAAGAUGGCCUUUGUGGUAUUUGUGACCAUCUUGAUAUUCCUGGCUCUUGGAGUUGCCUAUUUCAUUAAGAGGGAACAUGCCUUCAAGGUGAAGAAGAAGCAGGAACGGGAGAGUCUGUGCCAGGCUAAGGAGGAGGAUGAACAGACAAUGCAAGAGUCACUGAAGGCCAUAGACGAACUGCAAGCACAUUUAGACCAGAGGAAGACUGACUACUUUGCUGCCUGGAGGAAGGCCCAUCUGUAUGCAGAUUGGCGCAAAGUCCUGUUCCAGACCUGUUCUGUCACUCUGGAUCCAAGAUCUGCCUCUCCCGACAUUGUCCUGUCUCAUGAGAAUAAAAGUUUGACCUUGAAGGACACUUCUGCAUACUCAGAUCUCCGAUAUAACGUCUUAGGCCAUGAGGUCAUCACAUCAGGGCGCUGUUGCUGGGAGGUGGAAAUCAAAAAUGGAGACAAAAGCACUUGGGCUCUGGGGGUCUGUAUGGAAGAUGUGAAAAGGACAGGCUUCUACACGGAAUCUCCACAAAAGGGGUUCUGGGUCAUUGGAAAUACUGAAGACGGAUAUAUUGCAUUUGCUGAGCAAAUUCAAGUUCUGUCCCCACGACAGGUUAUCCAGAGGCUGGGGGUUUUCCUGGACUAUGAGGAAGGGGAUGUCUCCUUCUAUGACAUGACUGAUGGCUCCCAUAUUUUCUCCUUCCCUCAGGCUUCCUUUUCUGGGACCCUCUUUCCAUACUUUAUGAUUAAGUCAGGAAAAGUAUUCCUGACCAUCUGCUCCAUGGAGGGUGGAUCUGAGCACCCUGUGCCCCAUAGCAGUGAUCCUUCUUGGGAGGAGCCUGUGAACCCUCUAGGAGAGGGUUUUAGCCCAGACUCUGUUGUUGCUGAAGCUCCCUCAGGGCCUGAAUCUCCAUUACUUUCCCACAACUCUGAUAAUAUGCUACCUUCUUCUAGGGAGGAGCCUGUGAGCCCCCAAGGAGAGGGUUUUAGCCCAGACUCUGGUGUUGCUGAAGCUCCCUCAGGGCCUGAAUCUCCAUUACUUUCCCACAACUCUGAUAAUAUGCUACCUUCUUCUAGGGAGGAGCCUGUGAGCCCCCAAGGAGAGGAUUUUAGCCCAGACUCUGGUGUUGCUGAAGCUCCCUCAGGGCCUGAAUCUCCAUUACUUCCCCACAACUCUGAUAAUAUGCUACCUUCUUCUAGGGAGGAGCCUGUGAGAAUCCUAGAGGAGGGUUUUAGCCCAGAUACUAGUGUUGAUAAUGCUCCCUAA